AUGCGUCUUCUAUCCAGCCUCCUCGUGGCCGGCAUCAGUGCAUCGGCGCUUGUGCAACGGACCGAGCAGCAACCUCUUGGCACCGCCCAUGCCGAGACCGUCGGUACACCCGCCUACCGCGACGACCUCCUCGCGCUGCACAAGGGGCUGAUUGAGACGUCCUCGACGACCGGCGCGGAGGGCAACGUCGGCGACUGGCUGGUCGCUUAUCUGGAGGACCGGCAUUAUAAGACACACAGGCAGCAGCUGCCCAAGCGCGACAACACGGGCAAGAAUGGCCGGUUCAACGUGAUUGCAUGGAUUGACAGCGGCGACGACCAGGGCGACCGUGACGGCCUCGCUGCUCUCGCAGUCCAUCCCCUCCCACCCGUCCUUGUCACGUCGCAUAUUGACGUCGUUCCGCCGCACAUCCCGUACGCCAUCGACGACAAAGACAGUCCGUCCGGCUCGACCGUCAUUCACGGCCGCGGAAGCGUCGAUGCCAAGGGCAGUGUCGCGGCGCAGAUCACCGCGCUCGAGCAGCUGCGUGCUGCGGGCGUCGUGGGCGCCGGCGACGUCCUGCUGCUCUUUGUCGUUGGCGAGGAGGACAGCGGCGACGGCAUGAAGGCCUUUUCCGCCUUGUUCCGGAGCUACUUCCCUACCUGGUUCGCGGCCGCCAUUUUUGGCGAGCCCACCGAGAACAAGCUCGCCUGCGGCCACAAGGGCAUCCUGGGCUGCACCGUCACGGCCGCCGGCAAGGCCGGCCAUUCGGGCUACCCGUGGCUGGGCAAGUCCGCCAACGAUGCGCUGGUCCGCGGCCUGGCGGCGCUGCUGGACGCCGACCUGGGCAGCAGCCCCGUCUACGGCAACACGACCGUCAACGUGGGCCUGCUGUCGGGCGGCGUCGCCGCCAAUGUCAUCCCCGCGGCCGCCUCGGCGAAAAUGGCCGUGCGCGUGGCGCUGGGCCCGCAGGCCACCGGCCAUGACGAGGUGCGGGCGCGCAUGGAGGCGGCGCUGCAGGGCGCUGACAAGGACCUGGCCCUGCGCUGCACCCAGGGCUACGGCGUCGUCGAGUGCGACUGCGCCGUCGAGGGCUUCGCCAACAUCACCGUCAACUACGGUACCGACGUGCCCAACCUGGACGGCGACCACACGCGCUACCUCUAUGGCCCCGGUGAUAUUCUGGUCGCCCACGGCGACAAGGAGGCACUCACGGUCGGUGCGCUGGAGACGGCCGUCCGUGGCUACGAAAAGCUAAUCCGGCACGCUCUCGGCCGGAAGUAG